AUGUCACAGGAGCCAAAAAGCCCCCCAUGUUCGAGCACGUCACGCGUCUCUACGCUCCGCAACAAUGCUGGAUAUCGGUAUUUGACCCUUCUAGCUGUCCAACUCCUUGAGCGUGUUCGACCACGCCACGGCAACGUCCUCAUGUUGACAAGCAACUUAUGUGUCAAAUAUGGACGCCGAGUCCAUCUAUCAGAAGCAUCAACAAUGCAAUUUAUAUCACAAAGAACAUCCAUACCGGUCCCAAAGGUUCUCUGUGCGUUUACCCAUGCCGAGCAGACGUACAUCGUGAUGGAGCGCAUCAAAGGCGAGAUCCUAGGUAGUGGCUGGGUAGACCGGCGCGAGCAAUCAAAAUCAAGGCUUCUUGCACAACUGUCGAGAAUAAUCGUCGAGAUGCGACAGCUUCAGCCCCCAGACAGCAUGGGCGUUGCUUCUGUGGACGGUGGCUCCCUGUACGACUGCCGGGUCCCUGGGCCUGGGCCUACCCUGCGCUUUGGCCCUUUCAGCACGAUAAAGGACUUCCAUCGGCAUCUCCGAAGGGGCAUGGAGUUUGACUCGAGGCUGGACGCGGAAAUCCGGGAUCUCAUCACACAGCACGAGAGCGGAACCUGGCCGUUGGUUUUCACGCACGGCGACCUGAGCAGCCUGAACAUUCUGGUCUCUGGAGAUGACAUUGUGGGCAUCGUUGAUUGGGAAACAGCGGGCUGGUAUCCUUCGUACUGGGAGUAUACAUCUGCGUACCAAGUCAACCCGCAAAACUCCUUCUGGGCCAACGAGAUCGAUAAGUUUCUGGAGCCCAUGCCCGACGAACUGGCGAUGGAACGGAUCCGCCAGAAGCACUUUGGCGACAUCUGA